UUGACGUGUUGCAGGUGUCGGAAGACAAAAGCGUCAAUUCAGUAGUGAUUCGGUGUGUUGCUGAAAUCCUUCUGUGAAACUCGCCAUGGCUGCUUAUCCGAGGGGAACAAUCACUCCUGCGAGAAACUUUGACGCCGAAGGUCUUUGCAAUCGACUUCGCAAGGCGAUGAAGGGCCUCGGAACGGAUGAGAAAGCGAUUAUCGACAUUCUGUCGCACGUCGACAAUCGUCAGCGCCAAGAGCUGAAGCACAAGUUUAAAGCCAUGUUCGGAAAGGAUCUCGUUGACGAAUUGAAGAGUGAGCUUGGGGGGAAUUUCGAGAGCGUCGUUCUGGCACUGAUGGAACCACCGUUGGAGUACUUGGUCUCUUGGCUCAACCGAGCGAUGAAGGGCCUUGGAACCAAUGAAUAUGCGCUGAUCGAAAUUCUGUGCGGCCGACCGAACCAAGAAAUCAUGCUGCUGAAACAAGCCUUCCGCGCAAUGUUCGGCAAGGAUUUGGACCAUGAGCUCAAGAAAGAACUCAGCGGGGACUUCGAAUACCUGAUGAGAUCCACGGUAGCUGGUGCUCGAGAUGAAAAUCCGCAGGUGGAUUUUGCGCAAGCCCAACACGACGCUCAGGUGCUGAAGCGCUUGCCUCAUGUUGCCAAAAUCCGACACGCUCUUAAACCCGGGUUUUCGUUCUUUCAGGCGCUGUACCAAGCUGGCGUUGGGAAGAACUUCGGUACUGACGAAUCCACAUUCAUCACCGUUCUCAACGUGCGGUCGUACAACCAGCUCCGAGAGAUCUUCUCUGCGUAUCACCGCUUCGCCCAGCAUACGAUUGAGGAAGCCAUAAAGAAGGAAUUAUCUGGAGCUUUCCGAGACGGAAUGCUUGCGAUUGUGCAAAGGGUUCAAGAUCCACCUACAUAUUUCGCUUCGAGGCUUUACACCAGCAUGAAGGGAGCAGGCACAGAUGAUGGCACUCUGAUUCGUGUCGUUGUUUCUCGAUCAGAACUCGAUUUGGCUGAAAUCAAGCAGCGGUUCCAGCAAAUGUACGGCGUUUCUCUCGGAGAUAUGAUCAAAAACGACACCAAAGGAGAUUACAGGAAGAUGUUGAUGGCAAUCGUGGACCCGGAGUGAGGCACGAUGCCAAAGCUGGUCACGAACGAUCCAUCAUUUUGUUCGCUUGUAUUUGAUACCGUAACCCUUGCGUUACUACACUGGAAGAGUUCGAUGUUCAGAAAUUGGUUUCAUUGUGCAUGUUGGAUUCCGUGUAAUAGUUUCUUUCUUGUUCGAAUAUUUCUCCCGUCUACAAUGCUUAAUUUAUCGUCCCACAAUUAUUUCUGUCGCUUCCGCCGGGACCGUCUCGGUGGUUUAUUGUCUUUUACCUUGCAGAUGUAUAUGCAUUGCAUGCUGAAAUAAAGCAAAGCUUGUCAAAAUUGGAAAUA